AUGUUUCUUUUUCCAAAGUUUGAAAAAAAAACGGGUUACCUUUUUCUUUCUCAGAGAAAAUGGAGGUUAAGUUGUUAUAGUGGUCUCUCUCUCUCUCUCUCUCUCUCUCUCUCUCUCUCUCUCUCUCUCUUUUUCUACUUAUUUUUGUUCUUUUUCUUCGUCUUUCUCUUCUUUCUUUUCUUCUUUUCUUCUGCUUCGUUUACGAAAUAUUUAAAAAAAAAACCGCUGUCGAACUCAGAUACCGUUGAUUUCGCACUAUCUCUCUCUUUUUUUCUUUCCGCUUCACUUUUCCUUUCUCUUACUCUCUUUUCAUCUUCAUCUUGCCUUUACCCAUUUUUCAACCGACUUAUAAAUUCUAAAUUAUCUCUCUUCUCUCCCUCGCUCUCUCUCUCUCUCUCUCUCUCUCGCUUUCUUUUUAAUUUACUCCUCUCUUUAUUCUCCCCCCCUCUCUCUCUACCCGUCCUGAUAGGCAGUCUAUCAAUGGCUAAAAACACCAAAUACAGUCUGUCCAGAUAA